UUCAUUUUUGUUUCUUUCCUUUUUCCUCUCCUUCGUUGGAUUGUUCUUCUUUCACCAUUCUAUCUCUUUCUCUGUAACAAUCUAACUCAUGGCUCCAUCUCCUCACCGGUUUCACCUCCUCGCCAUCACCACUGAUCUGAGAAUGAGCAGAAGGUGGAGAAGACCUGACCCUUCCCUUCUCUCUACUCCUUCCGUGAGUUACUCAAGAGGAGGCCAUGGUGAAUCUGAUAUGAAGGAAAGGAGAAGUGGUGGUUUGGGAAGAUGAUGGAACGGAAGAAACAAAUGGUGUGACAGUGUGACGCCUCCGGUGAAGCGUAGUGCGGCGGUGGCAGUUGGUGGUGCGGCGGUGGCGGGUGGUGGUGCGGCGGUGGCAGUUGGUGGUGCGGUGGUGGUGUAUUUGUAUGUAUAUAUAUGUAUUUAUGUAUAGCAUAUAUAAUAAUGUGUAUUUUAUGUUUUAGUAUUAAUUAAUAAAAAUUAUUUGUUGCUUUUAUUUCUUUUUUUUUUUUCUUUUUUCUAGUAUAGUCACUGUAACAUUUUAAUUAUCCUGGCUAUUUAAGCCACUGACAUAGCAUGGUAAAACCGUGGCUAUUAGCCACGUUUAGCCACGAUCUUUUUCCAACCACGAGGC